CUGAGCUGGUGGCAUUAACGAGCGUUUGUCAGCUUCCAUCUUGCCCAUGAAGACCCAAUUCCAACACUAAAACACUGUAUAAUUGUAUAUAUCUGUCUAUUCCCUUCUCGUUUCUUUCUUUUAUAUAUUUCGGUUCUUCGUGGGCCCGUGGAUAAUAUAUUAUUUAAUGUUUCUGAAGGAAUCAUGGUAGUUUGUCUCGUAUUCAAGCUCCAUAGUUCUAUGAACUCUAAUCUCGCGUCUCGUAGAGCUUUCUUGUUAGGCCAGAAGUGGGUGACAGUUCCUCUAAGAAUUGAGGGUUCUGUGAAGUCUUCUUCUGCUGGGUUUGCUUUCUGCUCUGGUUCGUAUGUGAACAGCAAUCUCGGGUCGUAUUUCAAAGGUUGAUCUAGAGAUGUUUUAUGCCGGUAAGAGUUUGAUGGAUGGAUGCUGGGUUAAAUGGGGAUAUUUGGGAGGCUAAAGGGUUUAAGCUGCAAGUACUCCGUAGCUGGUUGACUCUAUUGGGUUUGCUAUAUUCAAAAGAUUGUUAGCAGACAUUCAUGCGGUUUCUGGGUAAUUUUCGGUUCAGACUUUGGUAGCUUCUAGGGUGAUUUGGCAACUUUUUGAGCUACUUAUGUUUUUUGAGGAACUUAGGCCAAAACCCAGAUCCCAUAAUUGGAUACCUUGAUGCAGUUUGAUUGAAUCCAUGUCCAAUUUGGAAUAAGGGAAAAGCUCUGGACAUUUGUGGGAGAGCCCCAAGAGAACAGUAUCUUCAUGCCUGAAGGUUUUAAGGCUUUCUUGUUGUCUUUUAAACUGAAGCGGAGGAUCUGAAUUAUAAAAUAUGGAUGGCAACUCUAGAACAAUCGUGUGGUUUAGAAGGGAUCUCCGGAUAGAGGACAAUCCUGCCUUAGCUGCUGCUGCAAGGGAUGGGUCUGUUUUCCCUGUGUACAUAUGGUGCCCUAAAGAAGAAGGGCAAUUCUACCCAGGCCGGGUUUCAAGAUGGUGGCUGAAGCAGUCUCUUGCCUACUUGGAGCGGUCCUUGAGAUCUCUUGGAGCUGCACUUGUGCUGAUAAAAGCAGAGAGUACUCUUGAUGCACUUUUAGAAUGCAUCAAUGCCACUGGAGCGACGAAAGUGGUAUAUAACCAUCUCUAUGAUCCUCCUUCGCUGGAUCGUGAUCACAACAUCAAACAAAAGCUUCUUGAACUUGGCAUUUCAGUGCAAACCUAUAAUGGAGAUCUACUGUAUGAACCAUGGGAAAUAUAUGAUGAGAAAGGGCAUGCUUUUACUACCUUUGACGCUUAUUGGGAUAAAUGCUUGCACAUGCAAAUGGAACCUGUUUCACAUCUUCCCCCAUGGCAGUUGGUGCCAGCUGCAGGAAGAGUAGAAAAUUGUUCGAUUGAGGAAUUGGGUCUUGAAGAUGAAUCAGAGAAGUCUAGUAAUGCUUUGUUAGGAAGAGGAUGGUCCCCGGGUUGGAGCAAUGCUGACAAGGCACUAAGUGAUUUUGUUGAACAAAAUUUGAUUGACUACUCUAGAGAGAGACUAAAGGUUUCUGGAAACUCGACAUCUUUAUUGUCUCCUUAUCUUCAUUUUGGGGAAUUAAGUGUGAGAAAAGUUUUCCAUUGUGUGCGCAUGAAGCAGAUACUGUGGGCAAAAGAAGAAAACAGCUUUGGUAAAGAGAGUGCAGCUAUUUUUCUUAGAGCUAUUGGGCUUAGAGAAUAUUCUCGUUAUAUUUGUUUCAACUUCCCAUUUACUCAUGAAAGAUCAUUGCUGAGCAACCUGAAACAUUUUCCUUGGAAUGCUGAUCAGACACUUUUUAAGGCUUGGAGACAGGGUCGGACUGGUUACCCAUUAGUUGAUGCAGGAAUGAGAGAACUUUGGGCAACUGGGUGGAUACACAACAAGAUAAGAGUGACUGUUUCAAGUUUCUGCGUUAAGUUUCUACUUCUUCCAUGGCAAUGGGGAAUGAAAUAUUUCUGGGACACACUUUUGGAUGCUGAUUUGGAAAGUGAUAUCCUGGGUUGGCAGUAUAUCUCAGGGAGCUUACCAGAUGGUCAUGCACUGGGGCGUUUAGAUAGCCCAGAGGUUCAAGGCUUUAAUUUUGAUCCUGAGGGUGAAUAUGUGAGGCACUGGCUCCCUGAGCUUGCAAGAAUGCCAACAGACUGGAUCCAUCAUCCUUGGGAUGCACCCCUUACCAUUCUUAAAGCUGCAGGGGUGGAGUUGGGAUUAAACUACCCAAAGCCCAUUAUUGAUAUAGAGUUCGCAAGAGAUCAUUUAACUGAAGCUAUACUCACUAUGCGGGAACAAGAACUAACUACUAGAGCUGAAAACUCAAAUGGGACAAGUGAAGAAGUUGUUGAUAAUUCUGAUGAAAUUGGAAGCGCAAACAUUCCAAAGGUAGUUUUAAAGGAAAGAGCUUCUUGCCCUGCUAAUUCGUCCAAUGAUCAGAAGGUGCCCAGCAUUCAAAAUAUGAAUAAUGCGUAUAGAAAGAGGCCAAAGUACAUAGAAGAAGAAAGGGCACUCAGAAAUAGGUUGGCUAAUGGGAAUGAUAUGACUAGAACCUUGAGAAUGGAUGAUGACUUGUCUUCUACGGCUGAAUCUUCCUCAGCUAAGAAGCAAACAACUAGCAGCAUAAUUUCGUUUUCUGUGCCCAAAUCAUAUUCCUCAACAUCAAAAGGGAAGCUUGUCCCAGACCUUGAAUCUUCUGACAUGAAGCAGACAUCGCAAGAACAUGCUAGCCAGGAACAAAGUUCGUGUGGAAAUGGAGCUAUGGCAGGUUGAUGCCUCUUCAGCAUAGAAAUUCCUUCCUGUUCGGAGGGAACAUAAGGAGUAUCAAGUAUCAAAAUGAAGCUUCAAGAUUACUGUGCUUAGGUAUGAUGUAGAUUUGCUGUCUAUUAAAUAAGUUCUGACAUGAAACAUCAUUCUCUCUGAGGGGGAUGACUGUUAAUACUGAUUAAGAUGCAAUAAUAUUAAGAACAGUGAAGCAGAGGAGCCCAGUUUUCUCUGUGUUCAAUCUGUAUGGCUGUCUUUGUUUAUUUACAUAAUUUUCCAUGGUAAAGAA